AUGAACAAAGCCUCGACAGCUACGUAUUUAGAAGAUUGCCUUUUGCUGGGGGUACAACGGGAGAACCUCCAAAAAGUGCACGCGGAGCUGGCGGAAGAGGAGCUAAAAGAAAGACUGGAGCAGGAGCAGCAGGAAGAGGAGGAAGAAGAAGAGAACGAAGAGAUCGAAGAAGGUAAAGAAGACGAAGAAGGCCAAGAAGGCGAAGAAAGGGGGGAACCACUCAACAUUGCGCACUCCAGCAGCGCUAACACCCACUGCGACCGUAGAGACGAUCUCAUUGGAGGAAAUCCUCCGAUGCAUGGGGACAGCGGCAACAAAUAUAUGCUAAACUAUUUGAAUGCGUACAUAAGUAAAAAUAUAAGGAACAAUAAAACAACAGAAAAUAUUAACCAGUCCAAUUUCUUGACCAACCAAAGUGAAGACAACAUGAGAAGUGGAAGCCCCACCAACAUCACUCUUAUUGAUAGUAACAAACAAUGCAUGAGAAAUUUUUUUAAAGACAGAGAUAGGCCUAGCCCUUUACGUGAUGCGCAGAUGGCAGCUAACCUUCGCUACAUGCUGAUCCCAAAUGGGAAUGAACAGAAAGAAAACGCCAACUGGAAAGAACCCAAUCAAAACGUUAACCGCAAUGAACGCAUAAGUAAUUUUAUACACAUGGAACUACAAAACGGCUCCGUGGACAGUAGAGUGUAUGUAACCAACAGAAGUAGCCUGAUGAACGAAUCGAAUUGUUCCGAUCAACAAAUGAAGAAUCCACACGAUUGGGAGACACCUGGAGCCGUGCUGGAGGAGGACGUGGGGAACAUCUUUGUCAAUAAAUUUCCCCCAGGUGUGGCGGGAAUCGCCGCCGGCGGCUUGAAGCACCCGAGUAGCAUGCGCAACGUCCAUAACGAGUUGGUCGAUGUGGGGAUGUUUCGAAGUGAUACGGGCUUCGAGGGGAGAGCGACCCGGCCGCAUUUCAGUAGGGAUUGUGCCACUCCAGAUCGUGUGACUGCUUAUCAUGGCAGUGCUUAUCAUCUGAAUGACCCCCGUCUGGACACCCCCCAUCCCAGUGCCGAGACGACGAAUCAGAACGGCCCCACGAACGAACCCAAUCCAAACAACGCCAGAGAGUGCGAAAAUCAUAAGCUAUCCCCGAGUGGAAGUGAAAAUGUCUCCCCCAGUAAGAGGCCGAGCGAGUGCGAUAAGCCGCAGGGAAUGUUCCUCAACAGCGUUGGAGAGGAGAGAAGCGUCAAAUGGGUAGACCCGCCAACUAUGAAGGAGGAAGACCCUGUUAUACUAACCGCCAGUGAAGAAGUGAACGGUGCAAAAAAGGAUGGGAAGGCAGGUGAACCACUACCCACAGUAAUAACUGAUUCAAAUCAGUGGAUGACAGGACAAGAGAAGGAUAACUAUCGGAGCUUUCUCCAUGUAAUUAAUAAACGAAUGGAAAUAUUUUCCAAAGAUAGAAAUGUCAUUUCUGUGGAGAAUAUGUACAAGCCGGACGUCCAAUCUGUGAAUGCCUCACUCAGCCAUAACAACCCCAUGUAUGUGAGCAACACUGAUAAGGGACCCACUUUGGGAGGCUCGCCACUCAAUUCAGGGGGAAGGAAGGAGGAAGGCCCUAUUGAUAACGCGGGCGCAUUCAAUGCUAAUGUAAAUUGUCAUGGAGGCUUCGUACCUAACGAGCCAAACGAAAGUUAUCAAAAAAUCAAGUUCAAAAAAGUGCAACAGGAACAAGGACAACCUAUCCUACAGCAAUGUUAUGAGGAAGAUACAACUCUCGGUGAUACUCAGGGGUUCUAUUCCCUCCAGGGUUCCUUUGCAGAGGGAGGAGCGCAUCCGAGUGGACUGUUGGAUAGCCACGGGAGGGACAUCUCCGCGGAUGCAGAUGCGGAUGAAGAUGCAAACGCAAUGAGGGACCUAGAAAUGCUGGGAGGCCAGGGAAGCAGCACAUCGGAUAACUUCCCCUGCAGUCGCGACCCGGGCAACAAUUUAAACACUUACUUCGAUGACAACCCGGGAAACAAUUUAAGUAAUUACUUCGAUGACGACCCCCCCGAGGUGGUUAAAUUAAACGGCGUCAAUUUUUCCAGCCACGUGGAUAGGCUAAGUGAGGAGUUAAACUUUAUUGAGGAGGGGCUAGUGGGCCACAAGAAGGAAGGAGGCCCGACUAGUUUCCAUUUUUUUCAGAAGGGGAAGAAAAUAGGAACGCCCCACAGUGGCGAUUAUGGUGACCAUGGGGGGUUUGGAGCAAAUCACGCACUUGGCGACCACGCUGACAUGACCGAAUCGCAGUGUCCAAAUUACGCAUUCGAAAAGGGAAUCGGAGCUGUCACAAGCACAGGGGAUGAAGAGGAUAGCGGCACCAACCGAAACAGCGCAGGUGGAAACGAGAACUGCUCCAGCAGUAGGAGAAGUAGCCACGAACACAGUUAUAAUAAGAACGACCCGUUUAAUGUGGAUUCCUUUGCAAGGGACCCAUUCCUUGUGGAUCCCUUUCGCAACGACCCCUUUGCCGGUGAUCCUUUUUUUGAUGAGCCGUGUGGGAAGGACGGGUUGUGUCUCAACCAGAUAGGCACGUACAGUGAGCGCAACGGGUAUUAUGCCAACGUGCGCCACAACGACGAAAAGGACGAUAACGACGACAAUGGCAAUGGGGUUGCCACUCCAAUUGCCAAUCUUAACAAGAACGCGACGUUGAAUGACGAUUAUGUAUUUCCAUCGAAUGGAAAGAACCCCCAUGACCUAGAAGAUGGAGUUGGCCGACAAAGCAGCCUGGCUCACUUUGACAACGGAGGCUACCUCUUCGCAGGCAAAAGCGGCAGCAAUAAUAAUUGCGCUUCAGUAAAGGAGGCCUAUAAGGGUGGAAACACAUUUCCCAGCUCGGCCAGUGGUCCCAACCAUGACGAUUUCAUUUCCGAGCACUUCACUAAUGACCAUGUCGAAACGGCCAACGCGAGUGAAAACACAUUUCAACUGCAUCAGGAAACGCACAGCAGUGACGGGGAUGGGAACCGAGGCAAAGGCAGCAUCGGGAGCAGCAAUGGUGGAAGAAGCCACGAUGGCAGAAGCCACGAUAGCAGUACAACCGGUGGGGAGGGCAACACAAGAUUGUUCAGUGACACCCACCCUGGGAGGGAAUCAAAUUUUACUCAAAAGAAGAAUCCAAAUGACGAUUAUCCAAAUGAGGAGGACUUACUCCGCACUGCAGCAACAAGGGAAAGUAGCCACUUCAGUUUUAACAGUUGUGUUAUCCAUGUGAAGGGAGAUAAUACCCCUCGAAAUGAGUCUCACCCGGAGGAGAAUCGCUUCCUCAAUGAAGAUCAGGGGGCCGCACCCUACCUGCAGGAUGAAUUUCCACGCGCAAGGCAGGACAUUGAAAGGGCCAUUGCCACCAUAGAUGGUGGGACCCAUAUGGCUGGCAGUGACGGAUCUAUCGAGGGCACUUCGGCAGGGGGUGAAACGGAGGGAAAAAACCAACACACUGAAGUGCCUUCCCCGGUUCAAAAGAAGAAGGUCUGCCCAAACCACGUUAAAGAAGAAGCAAGGAACAACGAGCAGCAUCCCAUUGGGAUGAACUCAUUUGACGACAGAACCUUUGGCAGCAAUUCAAAACGCGUCCAAAAACAUAACCAGGUAGAAGUGAACCUAACCGACGUAGAAGUGAAGCUAAUCGACGCAGCAGUGAACCUAACCCACGAAGAAGGGUACCCCCUCGUGGAUCGUAAUCUUCCAAGAAACGGAGUCACCAUAAGUACAAAUACUAUUGUCACCCAUGGAAGCACCAUGGUCGCCAAUGAAGAAUGGAUGCACAUGAAUGGGGAAUACAAUCAGGUGGAUCACCUUAACGUGACUAAAGGAAAGAGGAUAGCCACCCCCCUGGACGCCAACAGUAGUAGCAGCGCAAGGGAUGCCCAUAACACUUUGGCAGGCAGUGGCACUGUUGUCGGGAAUGCGAACAGCUUAAAUCAUGUAAAUGCGAAGAAAGGGAAUUACGGCCCUGCCAGUCAUUUGAAGGAUUAUUGUGGCUUGGGCGACGCACCGACUUCUGCUCAUCAUGACAUCUUGGAGGGGCUCCAAAGUAACACUGGGGUGCAGCACCCCUUCCACGUGAGGAAGGACGACGUCAUGCGAGAUAGGAGCAGUCAGGAGGAAACCUUCGGACGACCCUACGACUGGAACAAUGAACGAAGUACCAGUUAUGCCCCCGCCUCAUUCCGCAGAAACGCUAGUGAAACGAAAAGCUUAUUAACAAAAUUUUUUGACGCUGUCGAAUCGGGUUCUUUGAACCAGAGCAGAAGGGGAGGCAUAGCAGGAGCAUUCGCCACCAGCGGAAAUGAACACAACGAAUACAAUGUUGGUAACCUUCAUUCUUCACGCAACGGGUAUCAGAAGCAGAGUGAAGUGAAGAACGAUAAGGAGAACAUGUUCCCCCAGACGACGGAUCGUCCCAGCCAUAGUGGCAACCAUCCCAGCCAUGGUGGAAACACUUCACACCACGUAAAGAAUGGAAAUACGAAUGAUCCGUUUAGCAAUGGGAGUAACUUGGGCGGGGUGAAGAGUCUGGGGACGAUGGAGAUCCUGAGUCAGGGCAUCCCAAAUGGCGGCACCCCAAAUCGCGGCAUCUCCAGUGCGUGCAGCGGAGGCCCCCACGGCUUCACACACUUCAUGAAUAAAAAUGGCGACGUCGAUGCGCACCAGAAAGUGGCGACUCCGAUGGCAGGCCCUACCUUGAAGAAUGUAAACAAGGUGGAGAAUCAUCUACCCCACAAGAAUGUCCCUGUCAUGCAAAGCAGCAGAAAUAGUAACCUCGUACAUUCCAUUGUCUAUAAUCCGAGCAAGCUCCUUAUUAAUAAGCACAUCCACGCCAGUAAGUGUAUGAACGGCAAGGUGAAAAUGAUGAAUAGCGGUACUGGCGCCCCACAUAGCAGCAACAAUGGCAUGGGGAAUCUUUGGGGAGAUAAUCGAUCUGGUGGUAGUCCUCGAAAUGUGGGCAGCCCAAACUUAACGCAAGUCGACAGCGAAAACAGAAAACACCUGACCAUUCUAGGCAACAACAGUGGUCGUGGUGGUAUACCUAUGCCACACAGAAAGGGGAAUAAUAAUCCUCCUACGGAUGGUAAAGUGAAAGGGAAAAUGGUCGUCGCAGCAUUGAUGGGCAGUCGUGAGAAGACAAACUUGACGUGCAGCCCAAUUGAGGAAUCUAGUAAUAGUAACCUCCUUAUGGGUGCCCACGGAGGGAUGACACACACAACGAUUAGUGGGGCCACCAACUGUACCAGCACAUCACCAAGUGAACACAACUCGAGUGUCCCAUUCAAUCGAGUAGCAGGAGGAGCAGCGGGAGGAUUAGUCGGAGCAGACGGAGCAAUCCGGGCAGUAUCCACCGCCGGAGGAGCCCCCUUUUACAUCGCGGAAAGUAAAAACCUCCCUGGGGGUAAAUCCCCAAACGGAGGCAACCACGAUAAAUUGGAGAGGAAAAAUUCGUUCAGCAGCAACGGAGACACCAGUAGCAGCUUAAGAGGGAGAACUGCCUUCCACGAUGAUGGCAGCAUCGGUAGCAGUACGAUGGUAGAAUCGAGGCAACUCAACCAACCGUUUAGCGAGAAAGAAGAGCGUGCAAAUGGGAUCACCGGGUUUGUAGUCCCUGGAACGACGACUUAUCAAGGCGGUAGCAAUGGUCGUGCCUCCCUCUCGUCGGCACCGUCUGGUGGAGGGGUCGUAUACUCCCCGUCUAUCAAUGGGGGAGCAGUGACCUCCUCGCAAAUGAUGUCCAGCCAUAAAAUGAGUAGCUUCGUAAUCAAUGACAAUCUGAGUAACAUUCUGUUGAGCCAAAAAUUUAACACCUUUUUUAAUAACGCCCUAGCGAACAUACAAGGAGGGGGGAGCACAACUACUCCGUAUGGAAGCGUCGGCGGAGGUGUUCCCAACGUUAGUAGCUCCAAUGCCCAGGGUAUUAUCAUCCCUCCGAAGAAGAACGAACUUAGGUACAACAGCAUAAAGAGCAACCCGGGGGAAGGAAAAAGAAACAACAUGUGCGAAACGGUUAGUACAUACUGUAAGGAAAAUUCAAACGAUGCGUCCAAAAUAGGGGAAAGCUUCCUCUUUCAGGGAGGCGGCUCCCCGGGCCAAGUACCCAGCGAAGAUGUGAAGGAUCAGACGUCACGUCACUUGGCGCACCCCAAAAUGACAGACCAGAACAGUAACAAGCCUGCCAUUUAUCUUGGAAGCCAUAAAAUGAGGAAGGAUGUAAAGACAACUAAAAUGAUGGAGUCGUAUGUUAACCACUCAUUUGUGAGUGGAAAAAAUGGAAAAGUGAGUAGCGGCAGGUUUAAUGACUACUCGAAGAAUAUUGUGAAGGGGCAUUUUCAAGGGGACACCAGUUACAGCUACAGUGAGCAGAACGCAGGGGGACCAUCUGGUGAGAGGAAGCCCGGCAUUUCGCACUAUAUAAAAGGUAGCGCCAAUAGCAGAUGCCUGAAUGAGGGAGUUAGCGGAGUUAGCAGUGGUAGCGUUCGUGUUAGCGACGUCUUGAGCGGAGACCCCAAGCAGGAUUGCAACAAUGUAGACGAUUUUCCGACGGAGAAUUUUUCCCCCAGCGGAGGCAAACGAGUGGGUAAUCAAAAUGGGCCACCCACCCCCCAGUCUCGAAAAGGUUUUGUGCGCAACAGGAAUGUCUAUGUGAAGGCUAGCAAUGGCGAAGUAUGCGCAACCACUGGGACGAGGGACUAUAACGGUCCUCUGCAAAGCGGGUUCGACAACAGAGGAGAUGCUGUGACGGCCGUGGCUACCGUGGCGGCUUCCUCCAUGGACGAGGCUCGACUUUUCCGGAACCACUCGAUGAAUCACAGCAGAGGGAGCGGCGAACAGAGAAUCCAGGAUCACCAGGUGGGUCACUACGGGCACAGGGCCGAACUUGCUGCGGUAACGCUAGACCCCGAAAGAGGGUGCAAAGAAGAAGAUAAUAACAAUACUAGUAAGACCCAAGAAAGUAGGUACGCCAUGCAGGCCGAGGUGCUAACGAAGCGGAAGGGUAGCUUGGGUCAAGAGAACACGGUUAGCAGCAGCACCAACAGUGGUAGCAGUAACAACGGCAGUAGCAACUAUAGCGGCGGGGGAGCCACCUACGCUGCUGGCGGCAAUUACGCUGCUGGGAGCAACUACACACUUGGCGGCAAUCAUUCCGUUGGCGGCAACAAGGCGGGCCCCCAGGGCUCUUACCCCCAUGUCAGCCCGAACAAUGCAGAUAUUAACAACAUCAUAAUGGCUAUGAUACAGAAUCCAAUGAAUUGUAGCGGUGUCCUAGCGAGCCACGUUAGGAAAGGAGUAUCUGUCGGCGGGGCAGGAAACCCCAUCGGAUCAGCCUCAGGCCACAUGGCGCAGAGUCCAAGGAGCAUCAACAACGAUAACAGUGUUCCAAACGAUUUGUUACUGAAGGGAAAAAAUAUCGAGGAGCUGAUAUGCAGCAAGGGCUACGUUCCGAGUAGGUACCCGCACCAUCCGUAUAAUAAUGUGAGUACGAAAAUGGCUAGCCCGCUUCAGGGUCCGCCAAAUCCCCAGCACCAUGGAGUGCAUAGCGGAAUGCAGAGCGGCCUGUAUGGCAGUGUGUCUAACGUGUCGCUUAACAUCCCCCCCUCCGCGGGCAGCCCCGCCAAACAUAACGAAGAUUUAAGAAUGGGUGCAGAAAAAAGUACUCUAAAGAUGGUAGCCAACAACAUGAGCAUGAGGAACGCAAUGAAUCGAGACAGCCCAAUGAAUCGAGACAGCCCAAUGAAUCGAGACAAUCCAAUGAGUCGAGACAGCCCGAUGAAUCGAGACAAUCCAAUGAGUCGAGAUAUUGCUACCUACAACUCGGUGGGAGGCGUUUGUUUCAACAGGAACGGUAGUGUGGUCCCCCCGACCAGCGGAGCGAGUGUCAACAGUGGAGGACUUGGAGCAGGAAGCGCCAUCAAUAACAUGCCGGGUAGAAGUGUAGAAUCAUUUAAUUACGUGAUGAGCAGCGAGCAGCCGGGAAAUCCGAUGCAACAACAUGCACUAGAGAAGAACACAAAGAACAGGUGCAUACUGAAUAAUAACUUCAAAAUGGAUGCUAGUAAAAACUGCGCAAAGAUUAGGAGUGCGCAUCCUCAGAAUGGUUAUGCGAACGUCGUGAUGCAGCCCAACGGGGACGUGCGAAAGGGGGUUCCACCUCCCCUGGCGGCGGCGCUAGGGGUGAGUCCUCAAGCAGCCUUGGCACCACGAGCUGUAGGAGGGGCAGGAGUGACAGGAGUGGCACCCGGGGCAGGAGGGGCAAUCAUUUUGCAGAACCAGAACGGAGGCCUCAGUGAAUACGCACAGCAUUACUACGAGCAGCAGCUGCAGCCCAUACAGGGGCACCACCCAGGCGAAGCCGAGCGCGGGGAGCACGCCAUGUACCUCUCGAACACUAGCGACCUGGCAAUCAAAAAGAAGGAAUACGAGAACGUGUUCAGGCUAUCGAAAAAUCAGCUUCUAAAUCUAGAGAGUGAAAUAAAAUAUCUAAAGUCACAAGCGUCGUACAAUAUAAAGCCGAAGGAUCUAUACUUUGAGACGUACGAGGAGACGGAUGUUUUUACGUACGACGAUGCUGGUAUCACGAAUGGAGAUUACUAUUAUUACCAGCAUCAACAUCAGCAGCAUCAAGGGGGAGUCACUUGUGUUGAUGGGGGUGGCCUACCCAUGGGAGGUGUUAAUCAGAUGAGCGGCAUGGUAAGCCCAGUUGGGAACUCCGCGGGGAAUCUGUGCCGUGUGAAUGGCAGCGCCAGAGGGGGAGCGGGAAUAGCGGCAGGAGGAGCGAUAGGAGCGGUAGGAGCAGAUGCAUCUGCGCUGAUGGAUCAGCCCCCCCUGGGUGGGAAAAUCAAAAGAGAAAGGAGGAGAACAAAACUGUACACGAAUAAAUUUAGCAGCAAGUUAAAAUAUACGGUGAUAGAGGAAGGAUCAUUUGGAGUAGUCUACAAAGGAUGGUACAAAGGAAUGCAUGUCGCUGUGAAGGUACCAGUAGACAAGAUGGCCAGGCAAGACCCCUACGGAUUAACAAAAAGGUCCAUAAACGAGUGGAGAAUUUUAUCAAAAUGUGAUCAUCCAAAUAUAAUCAAAUUGUGUGGAGGAAUCAUACAUAGCUAUUUCGACAUUUGGCUAGUCACCAAACUAGUGAACGGAUUAGACCUGCACACGAUAAAGAAUAACAUGAAGAAAGACGACAAGGCAAUGAGUAUUGAUGUGUCUUUGAAGAUGUGUAGACAGCUAGCCAAUGUUAUUAACUUUUUACACACACCGAUAAAGAACAAAAAGGAUGUAAUCAUCCAUAGGGAUAUAAAACCAGAAAAUUUAAUAAUUGACAAUGACUGGAAUAUACACCUAUGCGAUUUUGGAGACUCAGAAGAAUGCGAAGAUGGAAUCGUAACGAAUGUGUCUGGUGCCACAUGGAUUUAUGCUCCUCCAGAAUUGCUGACAUGUCACCCGCUCAGGCAGAGCAGCGAUUACAACUUUUUGGACCACACGAAAUUAUCCUACAAGUGGGACAUCUGGUCCAUGGGAUGCGUAUUUCAAGAAAUGAUGAAUUUGCCUUCUCCCUUCCAACAUUACAUUAUCACUUUUGAUGAGUCGGAUCAGAUUUAUGAAAAACUGGUCGAUGUUUUCACCAGGAAGUUGCCUCCCUGUAUUCAUUCUAAGAUUGAGAACUCUCCCUUCGCCGACAUCAUUCGGUUGUGUUUGAACUACGACCCGAAUUUGCGCCCCACGGCAUCCGAAAUUGUUCAGCUGCUUAACCAGCCGGACGAGUACCUGCUGCUGAAGAGGGCGUAG